AACAGAAGCUAACAGGCUAACAGGAGCCAUGGCGGAGUAAACAGAUGGAGGCUGGCGGCAGAAUGACGCGGACGGAGCGGCGGCGUCCUGCUGCAGAAGACGUCUGUCCUCUGGAGUCCAAACGGGACAGGAAGUCAGAGACGGCGUCCACGCCUUGGACGGGACGGUCCGGCGAGGACGGCGGACGGGACGUGUCCGGGGUCGUCAUGGCAACACGCGGCCACGUGGGAUCAGGUUCCAGUAAUCCGAGCGGAGAGACGAGCGACUCUGACGAGCUGGGACGCCUCGACAUCGACCUGGACAGGAAGUCACGGCAGCACAACCUGACCUCCAGCAACGUGUUCGCCAUCCUGCACGAGGUCAUUACCCACGAGCGUGUGGUGGCCAUGAUGAAAGCGGCCAUCAGAGACACUCAGGACCUGCCCAUGUUUGAGCCGAAGAUGACUCGCUCCAGACUGAAACAGGCCGUUCAGCAGGGACAGCCGCUGUCCUGGAGUCUGUCAGCAGUGAACUCAGUGAAGCCUCCUCAGUUCGUGGACAUCGAGCUUGAGGAGGACGAGGACUCGUCAGAUGAAGAGUAUUGUCCUGAUGAGGAGGAGGAGGAGGAGGACACAGCUGAGGAGACCUUCCUCAGUGAUGCAGACAGCUUGGCUUCACCUCCCAGAAUGCAUCAGGGCACUAAACCAAAACUACCGGCAGACCAGAAGACUGAAGAACCCCUGCAGGGAUCUCCAGACCUCCUGGGGGAGCCGGUGGCUCCUCAUCUCCUCUCUGCUCCUGAAUCUUCCUUCCUGGAGAGACUGAAAGCUGUGGAGGAGGAGCUGGACUGUAGCCCCGCCUUCACCUACAACCAGUCUCUGGACAGGAAGGCUGAUGAUGAAGGUGUUGGGGGUCCCUCGUCUUCUGGAGGUUGUUUGGCGUACCGUACGCGCUCCAAGCGUCCUCUGGUCAACGUCCCCCUGGGGCAGCUGGAGGCGGAGCUUCUGGCCCCUGACAUCACAGCGGACAUGUACGAGCCAAGCGCCGCCCAGGGCGAGGAGGACCGCCAUUGGACCCGGUGGCUCCGGGGUCUCAUGGCCCCCGACAGCGAAGAGGAAGCAGACGAUGAGGACGACCCGGAGUACAACUUCCUGGACGACUUGGAUGAACCCGACCUGGAGGACUACAGGACGGACCGGGCUGUCCAGAUCACCAAGAAGGAAGUGAACGAGCUGCUGGAGGAGCUCUUUGAUACGCUCCAGGAGGAAGACUUGGCAGCUGAAGAGCAGGAGGAGGCCCAGGAGGAAGAGGAGCCGUCACAGACUGGACCCAAGUUUAACGUCCCCCAAGCGUUACGUUUCGAGGCUCCGCUAGCCAGCAUGUUGACGGAGCGGCGGCGGACGGUCAGGAAGCAGUAUGAAGCUCUGCAGCAGAGGAGAGCCCUGCAGGACUCCACCAACCACCUGAGGGACAACGUGAACCCCAGGGAGCCCCACAACACGGCCCCGGUCUUAGUGCUGCCGGGCCGGGUCUGCCCCGCCCUGCACCUGGACUACAGGCAGAAACUGCAGCUCCAGCAGCAGAUGCAGCAGCAUGUGCAGCUGCUGACUCAGGUUCACCUGAUGAGUCGCCACAUGGACGCCCUCAACCACGAAGCCUCCAUCACCAAACACUACCUGGAGGAGCUGCAGCAGUUUGCCAGAUGUCAGGAGGAGGUUUUCCUGCCCAGCUGUUUCAGAGUGUGUAACCUGCAGGAGGCGCUGGAUCUCCUGCAGGAGGAGCAGCAGAGUGCGGAGCCUCCUGCUGCUCCUGCUGCUCCUGCUGCUGCCUCCAGACGCUGGCUCCCCACCAUGACUCCAGCCACCAACAGUCAGGCCUUCCCUCUGCUGCCCGCCUCCACCGCCUGGCUGUUCGCCACCCGGCCGCUCUUCCUUUACCCAGAACUACUUCCUGUCUGCAGCCUGGACCGCCCCACCGUCCAAACCCGCCGCCGCCACCGCAACGUCUUCACCGCCGGAGAGGACGGGCUGAUUGUUUUGGGUCUGAAGCACUUUGAGGGGACGUUGCAGCCGGAUCAGCUGAUCAGCUCCUACCUGCUCUGUAAGAGUCGCUGGAACUUCAGGAAACACGUCAGAGAGCUGAGCGGGCCGAGGGCGCCCAGCAACAACGCCAUCAAGGCGUUCCUGACGCAGCGAGUCGUGCCCCCGUUGCCGCUGGCCUGCAGCAGAGUGGAUCCUGGAGAGCGGCGCCCCCCGGUGGACAGAGACCCCUCCAACAUGCCCAACUGGCUCAAGAACAGUCAGCUGAUCAUCCAGAAGACCCGGCUGAGCUCCACCUGUUACCCCCCCUCCCUCCCCCCGGGCUGCACUCUGAGGCUCCACCCCCAUUACCUCAACAAGUCCUCCCACGCCCGGCCCCCCCCUCACAGACGCCUGUUCGCUUUGGCCCACAAUGCAUCUCUGCUGCCCCUCGCCAAAGCCCCGUCAGACAGACAGGUGGACUCUGUGGUGGACAGACAGACAGUGAGACAGGUGGACAGGCAGACACUGUCCCGUCCUCCGUCUGGUGUCUCAGGAACACUGGCUCCGCCUCCCGCUGUCCCAUUGGCUGUUCACACAGUCCCUGCCCACCCCCUCAUCCAGUGCUGCCUUCCUAUUGGUCAGAGGAUCCAACAGAGGGUUUCUAGGCAACAAAGCAGCGCCCCCCCCCUCCUCCUCCACCUUCCCUCCCCGACUAACCCUCAGACUGCAAAUCCCAUAAUGCCUUGCUCAGCUGACGCCGUGAGGCCGGCAUACUUCCUCCUCCAGAUGGUGUGGACGCCACCAGCUCCGCCCACCGCCUCCUCCUCCCAGCACCUCCACCGGCCAAUCAAAGAAGAGCCAAAGGAGGCGGACCAGACCUCCACAAGGCCACGCCUUCCACUGGAGGAGGAGAGACGGGUGGAGGAGGAGAGACAGGUGGAGGAGGACAGUCCAGCAUCAACACUGAGCCCUGUUUCGUCCUGUGCAGGAGAGGAAGAGGAGCAGAACUGGACUCCUCUGGUCCAUUUGAACGGAGGAGAGGAGGAAGGAGGUGAGGAGGAGGAGGAGGAGGAGGAUGGACAGAGGGAGGACGGGGGAGGAGAAGGUGAGGAGGAGGAGGAGGAGGAUGGACAGAGGGAGGACGGGGGAGGAGAAGGUGAGGAGGAGGAGGAGGAGGAUGGACAGAGGGAGGACGGGGGAGGAGAAGGUGAGGAGGAUGGAGAGAAGGAUAAGGAUGAAGAUCAGGACCGACAGGGUGAGGAGGACGAGGAGGAGGACUUUGAUGACCUCACACAGGAUGAAGACGAGGAGGAAGUGAUGUCAUCAGCGUCGGAGGAGUCGGUGCUAUCGGUUCCAGAGUUACAGGAGACCAUGAAGCAGCUGACCUGGCUGGCGGCGGAGCGGCGGCUCUGUGCAGACGGCGACUCAGAGGAGGACCACUCUCCGACUUCAGCCGGCUCUCAGGAGGAGGAGGAGGAGGAGGAAGAUGAAGGGCCAAAAGGGGAGGAGUCAGGAGAAGGGAGAAGCAGCGAGGCGGGACGUGACGAGGAGAUGCCAGCAGGCGAGGGGAUGGCCAGAGGAGGAGGGCGGUGUCCCGGACGGGGCCGAGGACGAAGCCGACCUCCUCGUGGUCUGAGGAGGAGUCGUCAGGAGCGUCACAGUAAAGAUGCCACCAAACUGUUACUGCUAUAUGAUGAAAACAUCCUGAACAACGACCCACACAGAGAGAGCAAAGACGUGGCGUUCGCCCAGAGUUACCUCAACAGGGUGCGUGAAGCGCUGCAGGACGUACCUGAGCAGGUGGAAGAGUUUGUGUCUCUGCUGAACGACUUUGAGCAGGUGGGAGACGGACAGGAAGUGAUGCUGCUGUUCAGGAAGCUGCGCUGCGUCCUGGGAGACCGAACCGACCUGCUGAGAGACUUCGCCGCCUUCCUGCACCCCGAGCAGGCGCUGCAGUGUGGACUGUUUCAGGAGCAGCAGGCGUUUGAACGCAGCCGCCGCUUUCUGCGACAGUUAGAGAUCAGCUUUGGAGAUAACCCGUCGCAUUAUCAGAAGAUCAUCAAAGCUCUGCAGACCGGUCCAGACCUGAGUCCAGCCAGUGUCCACGAGCUGAAGGCUCAGAUGGCGGCGCUGCUGAAAGGCCACACCCACCUACAAGCUGAGUUCUGGGUGUUUUUUGACGAGCUCCGCCCCCCUCCGGCCCGGCCGGGACAGUUUGAAGAAGCUCAUUGGCCGGAAGACGGAGGGGGCGGGUCAGACGGCGGUGAGGGUGGCGGCCACAUGUCGGGCGGCGGCACCAGCAGCGGCUUCGAGGAAGUGACGCUCCCAGAGCUGGAAGAGGAAGAGGAGGGGCUUAAGAUCCAACCAAUGACCAGCCGGCGCCGCAGGAGGAAGAUGGACGCACACAGAAACUACAAGGUCUGUGAUUGGUCGGAUAAGGACUGGCCCUGCCUCUGUCGUGAUGCAAAGAUCCGCAGGAGGAAAGGAUGCUCGCAUUGCCACGGCAACAAGACCUCAGGGGGCGUGUCCAGAGCCAUGAAGAGUCUCGACCCGCUGUACUCACAGAUGAGCUCCGCCCCCGACGAACCAGGAGACAAAGACCUGGACCUGAAGGGGGACGAUGACAGUCCACAGCCAGAUCGGAGUGGUGCAUCAUGGGAAGGCUCGUUUCCUCUGAUGGAUGAGAAGGAGGAGGAGGAGGAGGAGCUUGAUGAUGAGGACGACGAUGAAGAAGAGGAGGAGAGGAGGACAGACUGUCCGUCUGUCACCUCCUCCUCCUGUCCGUCUGUCACCUCCUCCUCCUGUCCGUCUGUCACCUCCUCCACCUGUCCGUCUGUCACCUCCUCCUCCUGUCCGUCUGUCACCUCCUCCUCCUGUCUGUCCAUCACCUCCUCCUCCUGUCUGUCCAUCACCUCCUCCUGUCUUUCUGUCGCCUCCUCUACCUUCACUUCUACCUCCGUCACCUCAUCUACCUCUCCCACUAUAUCCUCCUCCAUCAUCACCUCCUCCUCUCUGUCCCCCUCCUCCGCUGCUCCUCCUCGGCCCAGUCCUCCUCCUGACCUCCCUGUCUGUGCCAAAAACAUUUCUCUGACUGCAAGCGGAGAGAAAGUCAUCCUCUGGACCAGGGAGGCGGAUCGGGUCAUUUUGACGACCUGUCAGCAGGAAGGAGCCAAUCAGAACACGUUCCAGGCCGUCUCUAAUCUGCUUGGCAACAAGACUCCGAGCGAGGUUUCUCGCCGGUUUCGGGAUUUGAUGCGUUUGUUUCGGACAGCGGCUCGUCAAAACAGCUCCGAGGAUGAGGCUCCGCCCACCGAGCUGACGACAGCCAAUGCGGAGGAAGACUGAUGUUAACCAAUGAGAGGAGACGGAGGACUUUUAUUGUGAAAGGAUUAAUUUAUUGUACAUAAAAACGUAAAUAUGAAAAUCUGAUUAUUUAAUGUUUUUGUAAAAAGGUUAGUUUUUUUUCCUCUUUUUUUUUUUUUUUUUUACAAUAAAACCAUUUUUCCAUCAAAGUCUGUUGGUUGUCCUCACUCAGACCACAUCAGACCACAUCAGACCACUUCUGAUCACUUCAGACCACAUCAGACCACUUCAGAUCACUUCAGACCACAUCAGACCACUUCAGACCACUUCUGGUGUUCAUGUGAUGACACAAUCAGGAAA